AUGUCCGCUUCACUCCCCGGGAAUCGGGAUCUGCCUCCCUCCCAAUAUGACCUGAAUACAUAUUGGGGCCGCGUUCGCCAUGCGGCAGAUCUCGCCGACCCAAGAAUGAUGUUUGUUUCUCCUUCAGGUCUGGAGCAGGCUAAAAGCCUCGUUUCCUUAUACAAGCAGAGCCAUGUCCCCGCGAUGACGCCCGACUUGUGGCACGCGAAAAAGGUGGUAGAUUCCACCUUACAUCCAGAUACGGGCGAACCCGUCUUCCUUCCUUUCCGCAUGUCAUGCUACGUUCUUACGAACCUGGUGGUAACAGCUGGUAUGCUUACCCCAGGCUUGCAGGCCACCGGUACGCUCAUGUGGCAGAUUGCCAAUCAAUCGCUGAACGUCGCCAUUAACAACGCCAACGCCAACAAGUCCACCCCUCUGUCCGUCUCCCAGAUGGCCAAAUCGUACUUGAUGGCCGUGUCCGCGUCGUGCUCGGUUGCACUGGGUCUGAAUGCCCUCGUCCCGCGCUUGAAGAGCGUGUCGCCGAACACGAGGCUCAUUCUGGGCCGCCUGGUUCCUUUCGCCGCUGUGGCUAGCGCCAGUGCCCUCAACGUGUUCCUGAUGCGUGGCGAAGAAAUUCGUCAGGGCAUUGAUGUAUAUCCUGUCCUGUCAGAGGAGGAGAAGAAGAAGCGCGAGGAAACUGGUGAACCGGUGCAGAGUCUCGGCAAGAGCAAAAAGGCAGCAACCCUGGCAGUUGGUGAAACGGCCAUCAGCCGUGUUCUCAACGCCACGCCUAUCAUGGUCGUACCCCCCUUGGUUCUGGUUCAGCUAGAGAAGACAGCUUGGUUGAAGGCGCGGCCGCGCAUGAUCCUCCCCCUGAACCUGGGCCUGAUUCUUGGGACCUCAUUAUUUGCGCUGCCAUUGGCCUUGGGAGCAUUUCCACAGCGACAGGCCAUUAGCGCGCAAUCUCUCGAGGAGGAGUUCUGGAAACGGGGAGGUAAGGAUGGGAAGGUGGAGUUCAACCGAGGAAUUUAA